AUGGCAAAAUUUUCCUUUUAUGUGUAUGGAGCAUGCAAUGUCCACCAUCUCAUCCAGGGACAACGAGAUACGAUGAAACUCAGCUGUUGUCAAUUGGAACCAAUCGAAUACUGCACUGGACGUGAAGAAGAACUGCUGACGUUUGAAGAGCCCUAUCGAGCAAGACAACUUUUUUUGUGGUAA